CCGUUGGCUGCUACUGAACCGUUUGGCUCUUUUCUCUACUAGCGAGCAAACCUACAAUCUAGACCCAACUGUACAUCCAGCUCAUUUUUAAGGGGAUUUAUCACUAUAUAUGCCCGUGUUUCCAAAACACAUCGGUCAUUGGGGAUUCCUAGCCCCGCUUGGCCGGGUCUGAAGGCAGUUAUAACGCUUUUUUCGAGGUGUAAUUAGAGCUAGAAAACAACGGUGGUGGAGGAGAUUCCAUAUUAGGAGCACAGAGGAGAAGGCACCCCCCUUGUGUGAUUUGGAGCUUUUGGUUCUGAGCACAUGGUACAAGGUCCUGACUGAAUACACUGGUGGUGCAAACAGACUUACUGCUGUGGCUAGGUGUGUGUGUGCUGACCUCAUGGUGUAACAGGAGUAAAGAUGAGCAUUAGCAGUGAUGAGGUCAACUUCCUGGUCUACAGAUACCUACAGGAGUCAGGGUUCUCCCACUCAGCAUUUACCUUUGGCAUAGAGAGCCACAUUAGCCAGUCCAACAUCAAUGGUGCUCUGGUUCCCCCUGCUGCCCUGAUCAGCAUCAUCCAGAAGGGCCUGCAGUACGUGGAGGCUGAAGUCAGCAUAAAUGAGGAUGGCACGCUAUUUGACGGCCGGCCCAUUGAGUCCCUGUCCCUGAUCGAUGCGGUGAUGCCGGACGUCGUUCAGACGAGGCAGCAGGCUUACCGGGACAAAAUGGCCCAGCAGCAGGCUGCAGCUUCAGCGCCGGCGUCGACCACUGGGGGCACUAUCCCUGGCAAUGCCAAGAACGGAGAGAAUACUGCCAAUGGGGAGGAGAAUGGAGCCCAUGCCUUAGCAAAUAAUCAUGCAGACCUGAUGGAAGUGGACGGCGAUGUAGAGAUCCCUCAGAACAAAGCCAUGGUCUUGAGGGGCCAUGAGUCAGAAGUCUUUAUUUGUGCCUGGAAUCCAGUCAGCGAUCUGCUGGCAUCAGGGUCUGGCGAUUCGACGGCUCGUAUUUGGAACCUGAGUGAGAACAGUACAAGCAGCUCCACACAGCUGGUCCUGAGGCAUUGCAUACGAGAGGGAGGACAAGAUGUCCCCAGCAACAAAGACGUCACCUCACUAGACUGGAAUAGCGAGGGCACACUGUUAGCGACGGGCUCUUAUGACGGCUUUGCCAGAAUAUGGACAAAAGAUGGUAACCUGGCCAGUACUCUCGGCCAGCACAAAGGUCCCAUCUUUGCCCUUAAGUGGAACAAAAAAGGCAAUUUUAUCCUGAGCGCAGGCGUAGACAAGACAACAAUCAUAUGGGAUGCCCAUACAGGAGAAGCCAAACAACAGUUUCCUUUCCACUCAGCUCCAGCACUUGACGUGGACUGGCAGAGUAACAACACGUUCGCCUCCUGUAGUACAGACAUGUGCAUCCACGUCUGUAAACUGGGGCAGGACCGACCCAUUAAAACAUUCCAGGGACACACAAAUGAAGUAAAUGCAAUCAAGUGGGAUCCCACAGGAAACCUCCUAGCCUCCUGCUCAGAUGACAUGACGCUGAAGAUCUGGAGUAUGAAGCAGGACGCCUGUGUCCACGACCUGCAGGCACACAGCAAAGAAAUCUACACCAUCAAAUGGAGUCCCACUGGCCCUGGAACAAACAAUCCCAGCGCUAACCUCAUGCUAGCCAGCGCAUCAUUUGAUUCCACCGUCCGUCUUUGGGACGUGGAUAGAGGCAUCUGUAUUCACACGCUGACCAAACACCAGGAGCCCGUCUACAGUGUGGCUUUCAGCCCUGAUGGUCGCCAUCUGGCUAGCGGCUCCUUUGACAAAUGCGUGCACAUCUGGAAUACACAGACGGGAGCUUUAGUCCACAGUUACAGAGGGACAGGGGGAAUCUUUGAGGUUUGCUGGAACGCAGCGGGGGAUAAAGUGGGAGCCAGCGCAUCAGACGGAUCUGUGUGUGUAUUAGACCUUCGGAAAUAGUGCUGCCGUUUGUUGGAAGCCAUGGACCGACCAUGAAUGUGUACAUAGCCAAAUGACUGUCCCUGCCUGCCCUGCCCUGCGUACUGCUCACGCUUACGACUUCGGCCCCGCUCACCGACAGACAGGAAGCAGGGAACAGGAACAGGAAUCAAGCACCCGACACAGCAGGUCCAGACACAGGGGUGAACAGACGGACGGUCAGACACAGAUGGAUAAACGUGCUGAUGGAAGCGGCCCUCUCUGUCUGCGCAGACUCUUAAAGAGAUGCAGGAGGGACACGGCGAAAAAAGAAAAAGGAAAAAAACAAAACAAAACAAAAACACACACAAAAAAAAAAAAAAUCAAAAAAACAAAACUGAUAGACAAAAAAAAAAAAAAGAAGUUACAGAUCCGUAUAUGUACCAAAAUUUGGAAGCUGUUUUGCUUUUUUCGAUCUUUAAACCAUGCUCAUCGUCAUCAAAAUGAAAAAGUAUGAAAAAAGUGUUGAUCUUUGUUACUAGUCGGAUCUCAUCGUGCGGACAUAUCUCCACCACAAAAAUAGGAUGGCACUUAGUUUUUUUUAAAUUUCAGAACUCUCGUUUCAAUGUUUUUAUAUUUUCUAUCUUUG